GUGUACUGGAACUCCCUGUCCCGGACAUACUGGGUUCACUGGCACAUGGUGGAGAUUUUGGGCAGCGGCAGCAGCAGUCAGGCGGAGAAGGAGACGCAGGAGAAGGCGUCCUCGCUGACGGAGACACUCAGACUCACCGCCGUGAGUCAGACGUUCUUCUCGAAGCCGCCCGGCGGCCUGUACUCGCUGCCCUACCUGUCGGACGGCGCGCAGAGCGAGCCGGCGGCCCUGAGCCGCGCCGAGUGGUGGGAGCUGCUUUUCUUCAUCAAGAAGCUGGAGUCUAAGCAGCAGCGGGACGUCCACGCCGUCCUGCGGCAGAGCCUGGACGACCAGGAGGCGGAGCUGGACGACGCGUCUCUGAUAGGACUGUCCGUCCCCGGAGACGUGGCCAAGAAGCUGCUUCACUACCUGAAGCAGAAGCUGCCGUCCUCGUGUCUCAGCGACCUGCUGUGUUCACACACCUUCACCAAACACUACCUGAGGAGAGGAGGGGGCAGCCUGGAGGACGAGGAGCUGCUGGCUGAAAGCUCUCUGGGUCCGUCCGGCCUCGGGGCGGCAGGAGGAGGAGGAGGAGGAGGAGGAGGAGGAGGAGGUGGGGGAGGAGGACAGAACUUGUCCUCCUCAUCUUUAGCCUCAGCUUCCUCGUCCUCUGCGUCCUCGUCCUCAGCAAUGGGCUCCGUCUCCAAGAAAGCAAAGAAGGAACUUCCUGCUGAUUCAGGCUGCGGCAGCCCGGAGACGGACAACGAGCUGCCGUCAGAGGACGACAGCAAAUACCCUGAGGACCUGGAGGACAAGAUGAAAGUGUUCAACAACCCCCGUGUCCAGGGGAAGAAGACGGUCCUGGAGAAGCUGGGGGAGGUGGUGGACAUCCUGAAGAAGGGGGGGUCGUCCUCAGACCAGAGCCAGCAGCUGGCCGCCGUCCUCUUCGUCACCCGGCUGCUGGAGGAGAAGGCGGCGCAGGAGAAGAACUCCAUGAGGAGCGACUCGGCUCAGACUAUACG